CUCAGGAAGGCGAGGGGCGGACGGCCAGUGGGGGUCAGGCCCCGGGGGUCGGUCCGCGUGCUGGGCCGCGGACCUGUGGCUCCAGGGCCCGGGGGCUGGGGCUUCUCAAUUCCUGAUAGGGAAACUGAGGCCCCGAGAGGGGCGGCAGGGCUAGGUAGACCGGAAGCUAGUCCAUCACACGCAGACAUUUAAAAAACGUAGUAUUAGGAUAAAAAAUACUUUAAAUCAUAAUAUUAGUUGAAAUAGCAAAAUACAAAAUUCUGUCUAAACUGAAUACGUAAAAUAGGGCCUUCACUGACCAUCCUCUUAGUCUCGCCGGCCUCUGUGCUUCCCCUCCAUUUUGGGUACAGAACUUCUUUGUACAAGUCCACAGCCCCUGAUUUUAAAGCCCUGAGGCUGGAUGUGUUCAGAAUCCCGAAUUUCUCGGAUUUUCGAGAGUUCCUCCAUCCAUGCAGGGCAGCACGAGGAGAGUGGGCGUCAUGACUGAUGUCCACCGGCGAUUCCUCCAGCUGCUGAUGACUCACGGCGUGCUGGAGGAGUGGGACGUCCAGCGCUUGCAGAAGCACUGCUAUAAGGUCCAUGACCGCAAUGCUACCGUAGAGAAGUUGGAGGACUUCAUCAACAACAUUAACAGUGUCUUGGAGUCUUUGUACAUCGAGAUAAAGAAAGGCGUCACGGAAGAUGACGGGAGACCCAUUUACGCGCUGGUGAAUCUUGCAACAACUUCAAUUUCUAAAAUGGCCUCAGAUUUUGCAGAGAAUGAGCUGGAUCUGUUUAGAAAGGCUUUGGAGCUGAUUAUUGACUCAGAAACUGGCUUUGCAUCUUCCACAAAUAUUUUGAACCUGGUCGAUCAGCUUAAAGGCAAGAAGAUGAGGAAGAAGGAGGCCGAGCACGUGCUGCAGAAGUUCGUACAAAACAAAUGGCUGAUUGAGAAGGAAGGGGAGUUCACCCUGCAUGGCCGGGCCAUCCUGGAGAUGGAGCAGUACAUCCGGGAGACGUACCCCGACGCCGUGAAGGUCUGCACCAUCUGCCACAGCCUCCUCAUCCAGGGUCAAAGCUGCGAGACCUGUGGAAUCAAGAUGCACUUGCCUUGUGUGGCCAAGUACUUCCAGUCCAAUUCGGAGCCACACUGCCCCCAUUGUAACGACUACUGGCCCCACGAGAUACCAGAAGUCUUUGACCCCAAGAAGGAGAGGGAGGCCGGCAUCUCCAAAUCGAACAAAAGGUCCUUGCGAUCCAGGCAGCACUAGCCGGCCACCGCCUUCAGGGGAGUGACCGGCACACCCCGUUUGGAAGAGAGGCAUCAGUUUCGUGUUUCACCUGAAUCACCUCCUUUAUCUUUUACGUUCACUAGUUAACAAGUUUGGAAUAAACUUACUAAGCAGC